GGAGCAGUUGUUCAGAGCAGAGGAGACUUGAGUGAAUGUGGAUGUCUCUAGGGGAGAGUGGAGUUUCAUUCUGGAGGGAGACAGGCAAGUGACUGGCUGGACUGAAGGCACCGUCAUUCGCUGCUCUUUCCCUGGGAUUAGGACGUCUCUUCUUCCUCCUCACCACACUGAAAGAAGUGCUGGGAAAGCAGAGGAAAGGUCCUGCAGAAGACAGUGCAGAUGGCUGUGGAAGUGUCGCUUUUGGAUGGCCGUGGAAAUUACUUUAAGCUUAUUGAAACCCUCGUCUCAGAGAUCGGAGAACUGAAACAAGAGAUGGUACAGACUGAAUUCUGUGUCAGAGAUGAAGAGGACCCCACAGAUCGCCUAAGCAGAAAGGAAAUGGAGAGUGAUCUCUCACCAGAAAAGAAAGAAGUGAAAUCUUUCCUUCGGGACUCUGGGUAUGAGAGCGUCUCCUACAAACUCAGCAUCUUAGAUAAACUGCUUAACACCCACCCCGUGUGGCUGCAGCUUGGCCUCAGCGAUGACAAAGUACCAGGAAUCCUGCAAGAUCAGCCUCCAGCGACUUUUCUUGUGAGAAAAUCCAACAAGCUUCAGAAGAAAGUGAUCUCUGUUCGUAUGCCAAAUCAGUGUGCAUCCCAUUUUCAGGAAUUUGUGAUAAAAGAGAGUUCCUACACUUUUUCCCUCGAAGGCUCUGGAAUCAGCUUUGCAGAUAUAUUCAGGCUUAUUGCAUUUUACUGUAUCAGCAGGGAUGUCCUUCCUUUUACCUUGAAAUUGCCCCAUGCCAUUGCUACAGCCAAGACAGAAGCUGAACUAGAGGAGAUUGCCCAACUCGGAACUGAGUUCUGGAGCUCCCCUGCAAACUGCAAGCCUCCAUAUCUCCAAAAUGUGGCCUGGCCUCUCCCUUCAGACUGCAUCAACAAGGGGUCACCUCAGCUCUCUCGACUAAAUGGAGUGCAUUCUCUCCGCACCAGAACGCCCUCAGAACUGGAAUUUAGCCAGACCAAAGGAGCUCUGUGUUUCAUUAAUCCCCUCUUUUUAAAAGUGCACUGCGAGGAUGCAGGAGGAGGAUGGAAGAGGGAGAGCACAAGGACCCAAGGAACAAAUGGCACUGAGAGGGUGAAGUCAGCACCUCCUCGGCCCCCUCCCCCUUCCAUUACUAGUCAUCGCACAAGUCUCCAGCUGUCCAGAGCAGUGAAGCAAGAAUCAAGCAUGCCAGAAACAAUCUUCCAUAACAGGGAAGGGAACGCACAGUCUCCUAUUAAUAAAGCUACACCCAUACCUCCUCCCCGCCUGAAGAAGCAAGCUACUAUUAGCAGGUGGCAGGGGAAUGACAGCUCCUAUUGUAGUUCUUCCAUUGAGUCGCAGCCUGAGGAAUCGCAAAAGACAAUACAAAGAGCUCAGAACGGCGAUUCCCCUGCACGGACCACCCUGCUGACACAGAGGUUGAGUGACAUGAGCAUCUCCACCUCAUCCUCCGAUUCAUUUGAGUUUGACCGAUCUGGGCAGGUUUUCUGCGAAGGGGACAGUCUGGAAGACUGCGAGGAGGAAAGUGACCAGGAGAGCAUGACACCUCCAAUAAAGUCUCGUAAAAAGAGAGGCACCUCUCUGGGUUUCUCCAGAAUUGUGAAGACCCACCUGCGUAAGGUUAGUGGGGUCUUCAGCUCCCUCAUGACUCCUGAGAAGAAGAUGGUGAAGAAGAUAGCAGCCAUGUCCCGGGACAAGCGUACUUAUUUCGGGUGCCUUGUUCAGGAUUACAUCAGUUUUCUGCAGGAGAAUAAAGACUGCCACGUUUCUAGCACCGACAUGCUACACACCAUCAGGCAAUUCAUGACCCAAGUCAAGAACUAUUUGUCGCAGAGUUCUGAGCUGGACCCUCCCAUUGAAUCCCUGAUUCCAGAAGAUCAAAUAGAUGUUGUCUUGGAGAAAGCCAUGCAUAAAUGUAUCCUGAAGCCCCUUAAAAGCUACAUUGAAAGCAUGCUGAAAGAGUUCCAGGUAAACGAUGGGUCAUGGAGGCAACUGAAAGAAAACCUGCAGCUGGUGAGGCAGAGGACUCCUCAGGAGCUCGGAGUGUUAACGCCAACGCCAGAGUCUAUGGACAUUGAAAAAAUGCGCAUUAAGUUCUUGAACAUGCAGAAAAUGUAUUCUCCAGAGAAGAAAGUCAUGCUGCUCCUGAGGGUGUGCAAACUCAUUUAUACAUGCAUGGAGAACAACUCAGGGAGAAUGUAUGGGGCUGAUGACUUUUUGCCAGUGCUCACCUAUGUGAUUGCUCAGUGUGACAUGCUGGAGAUAGACACCGAAAUCGAAUACAUGAUGGAACUGCUGGAUCCAGCUCUUCUGCAUGGAGAAGGGGGUUAUUACCUGACCAGUGCGUAUGGAGCACUUUCCCUGAUAAAGAAUUUCCAGGAAGAGCAAGCAGCACGGUUACUUAAUUCAGAGACCAGAGACACCCUGAAGCAAUGGCACAAGAGGAGAACGACAAACAGAAGCAUCCCCUCUAUUGAUGAUUUCCAGAACUACCUGAGGGUCGCCCUGCAGGAAGCUGAUUCUGGAUGUACAGGCAAGACGUUAAUAGUAAAGCCCUACACAACCACCGAAGACAUCUGCCACAUGUGUGCAAAGAGGUUUAAUGUACAAGACCCGGAAGCAUACGGUCUCUUCCUUUACAUCGAUGACACUUGUCAGCAGCUCAGCGAGGACACUUACCCCCAGAAAAUCAAAGCGGAGCUGCACAGUCGACCACAGCUCCAAGUAUUUCACUUUGUGUACAAACGUAUCCUAAGUGACUUUCAAGGUGUCAUCAGCUAUGACGAUGAUGAAGAUACCGAUGUGCAGAUGUAGUAUUUCUGGCUGUAAGGUUUGUUGCACGCACUGCAGCUGGCUGGCCACUUGUAAAAAGACUGUAGUGUUGGUAGUGCAGAUGUUUUUCGGCAUUAUCUGUGCUCUUAUAAACCCACUCCAGUCGCAAGUUGGAAUGAACGUGGCAGAAGGCCCAGUUGGGUGGAAAAUGAACUUCUUGGACCAACAUCAGGAAUGUUUUGAGGUUUUUUUAACUGCUCUUCAGGCCUUGUAGAAUGGUCAUGGAAUUGGCUACUGCUGGGAAAGGUUUCCAUCUUGGUUGAAUAAUGUUGGUAUGAAGUUUCUAUGUGUCUUGUUUCCUAAACGGGUUACUUUUCUAGGGAAAAAAUUGUAGGGCAGGAGUAAAAAUAAAACUCAGACUUUACUGCAUUUGUUGGCAGCAGUAUCUGCCGUCCUUUGACCCAAACGUGUCUAUAGACAGGGAUACAUAGCCCUUCGCAGUGUUGCGAUCGUACAGUCUUCACAGAAGCAUUUGUAUUAUACACACACUUUGUAAAUGCCUUUUUUUUAUAAACAGACUUUUUUUGUAAUUAGCUGUUUUUGGUAGAUGUGCCUGGUUAAAUAUUUUGAAGAAGCUUUUAGAAUACCUGCAUUCUGCGAAGCCUAUUGGUCUACAUGUACAUAUCACCAGCUGUGCUGAUGAUUAUUACACUUUUAGACAUUCAACUGUACAUUCAUUUUAUUGUUUCUCUAUCAAUUUACUUAGUGGGAAAAAAAAGCUGACUGUAUAUUGAUUAUCAGUUUGCUAUUCCAACCAAGCAUCUGCGAAUUAAUGGCUUGGCUGUGGUUUCCGGUUUUGCCUUAUCUAAGCAGCCAGCUAAUUAUCACCCCAGGGCUCCUCCUAUGUUUAAAAUUCCAUUCCAAGAAGGUUUUUCUUCAUACUAAGGGGCACAUUUACUUAGGGUCGAAGUUAAAUCCUUCGACUUCGAAUAUCGAAGUCGAAGAAUUUAGCGCUAUUUGUUCGAUCCAAAUCCAUCAACCCAUCCAUCCAUUUUCCUUCGAUCAGAAAUUGGCUAGAAAGCCUAUGGGGACCUUCCCGAUAGGCUAACAUUGGUGCUCGGUAGGUUUUAGGUGGCGAAGUAGGUGGUCGAAGUUUUUUUUAAAGAGACAGUACUUCGACUAUCGAAUGGUCGAAUAGUCAAACGAUUUUUAGUUCGAAUCGUUCGAUUCGUAGUCGAAGGUCGAAGAAGCCAAUUCGAUGGUCGAAGUAGCCAAAAAAAUACUUUGAAAUUCGAAGUAUUUUUUAUUCUAUUCCUUCACUCGAGCUAAGUAAAUGUGCCCCUAAGUAUAGUUCUGCAGGGAAAUAGAGUAUAGUGGUCUUUUCAGUCUCAGACUGGGAAUAUGGUCUGGGCCAUCGGGAGAACUUGUAGUGCUCUGGUAAUAGCAGUCACCAUGGUCACAUGGGCAGCAAAACAAACUUCAAAUGCAGCCAACCAGCAGUUAUGUUUUAACUGGCAUUCACAGAUCUGAAUGCUUCUGUGUUAAUGCAAUGGGGAAGCAGACUUUGACCAUGUUACUGCCUAACCCACAAAGUAUAAAUGAAUUAAUCAGCUACAAUUGAGCAGAUCAUUUCAUCUUAUUUCUAGUGUAAGCAUGUUUGCCUGCUAGACAGUGGGCUCAGUGUUCCUCUGAUUGGCAUGGAGAAGCUAAGCCUGGGACACUGAUGGGAUCUGUUAUUCCAAAACUCCACUUGAACGUUUUCAUUGUGCAGGAUAAACCUCCCUCUACUUUGAUUGGAUUUCACAGAAAAGCAUAAAAUAAUCUGAAAAAAACAUUUAAUUGUAUUUGCUGCGGUAAUCCCAUUCACAAUAAAUGGUGACAGGUUUUGCAGACAUUAUUCCUCCUUAUGAAAUGCUGAAGUGUAAGAACUGCAGUUCUUGCUAUUAUUGUAAAUUUGUUCUUUUCACAGCACCAAGGCCAACACAGUCACCAACUUUAUGCUGAUAUUAUGAGGGUUAUUAUUCAUUUUUUGGGGGGGAGUUUUCCCGAAAAGCUUUAAUUUUUUGGAUUUUUGCCCGAAAAGAUCAGACUUUCGAGCUAAUUCCAGCGCAGACCACAGGAAGUCAUAAUAGGAUAGGGACUUAAACACAACCUCCGCAGGUCUGAGAUGGCGUAUUUUCGGAUUCGGGCUUUUUGCUAAAUCAGGCUUUAAUAAAUCUUGAAAAAUUCUAAUUGAGAGAAAACUGGAAAAAUUUGAGUUUUGCCCCAAAAAGCCUGAAUAGAGUUUAGUAAAUAACCCCCUGAAUGUGCAUUUAAGGACAUUCUUUAUGCACCGAGCAAAAAUUAUUAGCCAAGUACGCAUGUCAGGUGGUAGAGCCCUGCGUGGAACCAAUUCUUUAAAUCCGGACCCGCAACCCGCAUACUUGGACCUGCUACCCGACUUGACCCACAAGUACCUUAUCCGCAACCUGAUACGCGACCCACUGACCAUCAAGAAACAGGAAGUGUUGUAAUUGUAAACCGGAAGUGACAUCAUUAGAAGUAGGCGUGAUCCGGAAAAAAGGAGUAAAACAGGAAGUGCUGACAUUGUAAACCGAAAGUGACAUCAUUAGAAGUAGGCGUGAUCAGAAAAAAAAGGAGUAAAACUCGCUAGUGAGAAGACCCGCAAAACUGGAGAUCCACCGACCCAUUUCUAUACCCGCUCCCGAAACUUCUACCUGUAAUCCGCAGGGUAUCGCAGGUUUUUGCGGGUAACCCGUGGGUACCCAACCCGCUGCAGGACUCUAUGUCAGGGGUAAAACUGUGAUCCUCAGUAGUUAUAUAUUUGUGAUUUUUUUGUCUCCAAUAACUGCCCUGUGUAACAUGAAUAUAUCAUAUCAUCAUGGCUGUUCAUAUCAUCUGAUGCCUUAGCAGAAUCCAGUUUAGCACUGCCCUACACAUCCUGUAUUAAAAAGGAGAUUUUAUUAUUAGCUGAUUUUAUGAGCUGUGGACAGUUAAUACUGUAGGUGUAUAAAGUGACAAAGUGUAGAAAUUCAGCAUUACGUUAUACUCACAUCUGGCUGGGACUGGGUUAAAGAGGCUGGCUCCCCUGGGACCUUCUGCCUUCACAGGACAUUGCAUAAGCUGCAAAUACUUAGAGGACUUAACAAGCCCUGAACACCGUGUUCCAUGAAAACAUUUCAAGGAAUCUAGGAAAACAAUAUUUUUUUUGUAAUAGACAGUAGAUUGCAGGAGGGAGCUCUAUAGUAGAACUGACAUUCCCCGAGCCCAACAGCUGUGUUGAAUUUGAGGAUCUGACCACAGUUAAAUCAUAACAGUGGUGGAUUUUAUACCUUUCUUUUACACAAGCUUAUAUUAUGAUAUAUGUUACUGCCUGUGCCUUGAAGGAAGGAUAUAUGUAUUACUUAUAUUAUAAGAACAUUAUAGAAAUUAACUAAAGUGGAGAGAAAAGGGUUUUUGAAAAAAAAUAGGAUUGAAAGUCAAGUUUUAGGCAUUGUCCCACCACACAGCUGAGGCUGUAUAUGAUGAAUGACUGAUAAGAGAGUGCUUCGAUGGCCAUUUUUACUGCUGAAGAAAUAGUGGUUACCGGAGGGUACUUUUAUCAUCCUACCACAGGGGUUUCACUGAUGCAAGAUUGUAAGCUUUGAUGAUGAUGUCUUCAAUUGAUCAUCGUUGGUCUUUCUUGAAACCACCUUAAGGGCAGAGACAGACGCUCAGAUUCAGGGAGAUUAGUCACCCGAUGACAAAUCUCCUCUUUUUUUGGGGGGUGACUAAUCUCCCCGAACUGCCUUCCCGCUGGCUAGAAUAUAAAUCGCCGGCAAGAUGGCACUCGUGCGUGUGUUCCUGCCCUUAGGACGGAGCCAAACGGAAGACAUUUUAUUGCAGUUAGUAAAGUCUCAGCACUCUUUGGCCAUAGAUCAGCACCACAAAUAGAGUUGGAUACAUACCUGCA